AUGUCGGAGAUGGUUGAAGAAGGUGGAUCGGCGAUCUUCCAGGACUCAGGCCCUCAGUUUGGCCACGCUGUCGAGGCAAUGGACGAUGGCCGCAUCGAGCUCUGGGAUUUAGCCGAAAAGCUAGAUCCCAUCGUGGUCCACUAUCCGCAGGCUGAGAAGCCUCAGCGGCGUCGCACCUGUGUGCGCUUCUCUCCGAACUCCCCGGUGCUGGUUGCAGGGGCCUUGGGAGGGCGAAGGAAUGCGAAGGACGAAAGGCGUUGGGCAGGCAAGUUACCACUUCAGGUUUGGGCCAUGGGAAGCUCCUCUCCACGAGCCGACCGCUGUGAGCAACAGUGGUGUUUGUGGGUGGUCCGCAUUGUUUUUGCUGGCAUAUGCUUGCUGACCUACAAGUACCAGCAACAAAAGUUGCUGAAGACUCCAGUGAGCUGCCCCUCCUCUGAGAGUUUCGACAGCUUCUGGUUGCUGAUGAGGUAUUUUGUAAUGUGUUAUUUUGCCCUGGACCUUGGAAGCUGCUUCUUCUGCGCCUGCAGCAGCCGCUGGCAUAGGCAGAACAUCUCUCAGCUCGGACGGGCUUUGAGCCUUCUGGGUGCGAUCUUCGCGCUUUGGGGCCUUUUCCUUUACGGACGAGCUUUCACAUAUCACAUACGAUGCGUGGGCAUCUUUGGGGUGGUUGCCCUGAUUUGCUGCUUCAUUUUCCUUUGCUCGAGCUUCAUUUGGUGCCUGGCUGUGGAAUGCGACUUUUGUAUCAUAGAGCCCGGCUCUGAGGAUGUGAGUCGACCUUGGAGCUGUAGCUGUUGCCUUCACCUGGGCGACUUCUUUGGCGGCCUGGAUCCCUGGCCACGGCCGCCACCCCGACGGGAGAAGGACCUUGAGGCGGGCGAGACCAGCCCGAUGCACCGGGACGCCACGACUUCGGUGCCGCGCCGGUCCCCGCCGAAGCUCAAAAGCAGUCCUGGAGGCAGCAGUGGCAAGGACGAGAGCAAGAUGACCUUUCGAGUUCUCAGUCGUGAUGGUGUUGUGGUAUUUGCUGCCCGAAGCCGACAGGCGAUUAAGAGCUGGGUCAAGCGGAACCUGGACCGAGAGAAGAGGAAGGGCGUCCUCAUUGAAGAGAGGCCCAAGUCGCGGCGGAGCUUCAAGAAGCGGAUGUCUCCAGCCGGCAGCCGCCCUUCCGUGAGAAGUGACCGCAGUGACCUGUGACGUUGAGCAAGACUUUGCGACAUCGAGCAGCAGG